CACAAUGCGCAUGCGCUAUCAGUAUUCUCAUGGUUGUCUCGUGUUGAGAUUCAUAGUGAGAAGCUAAUUAGCUGUCAUGUCUGAGAAGAAACAAACUGUAGAUCUGGGUUUGUUGGAGGAAGAUGAUGAAUUUGAGGAAUUUCCAGCCGAAGAUUGGACAGGCCUGGACGAAGAUGAGGAUGCUCACGUGUGGGAAGAUAACUGGGACGACGAUAACGUAGAGGAUGACUUCUCCAAUCAGCUGAGAGCUGAACUUGAGAAGCAUGGAUACAAGAUGGAGACGUCGUAACAUUGACCAUCACACAACAUGCUGAUGACUGGUUAAUCACAGCUGAACAUUGUACACAUUUAUUUCGUUUGUAAGAAUUCAGGAGUGAUGACUGUUAUUGGUGUGAGGAAAAUGGAGUAGAAUUACUUUUUAUUUUGUGCUCGUAAGAAAUUGUGUUAAUAGUUGCUCUAUUAAAGCUCUUCUCUUCUUA